CCCUGCUUUCUGGUCCCACGCCAAAGACGCGUUUAGCUGUGAUGAUGCAGUAUCUCGGUGCCUCCACAGCUUCACUGACAGGUUAAACUGGGAUCUACCUGCAAAGCCCUGCAGCGGAGCCCAGUUUUCACAGGGGUGUUUACACCUUGCCCCUACUGUGAAUGACAAAGCAAAGGUCAGUGCGUGUGCGCGCAGCCGGGAUUUAACGCGCAUCACAGCGGCACCAGACGGCGCUCCUGAGAGAAUGAUAGAAAGCGCACUGAAAGCUGGUCGAUAGCGGCGGAGACAGCUUCGACUACAGCAGGAGGAGCAGCGGCGGCGGCGGCUCACUCGGAGGUUCCAUCGCGGCCACCCUCGGAUCGAAGGCAGGCCCGCUGAGAGAGGAGGACUGCAGCACCAUGGACAGCUCAGAUGUGGAUGCCGGCUAUGGUGGAGGUUUGCUGGACAUGGUGAAGGGAGGAGCUGGAAAGUUCUUCAGCAACUUUAAGGACAACUUAAAAGACACUCUGAAGGACACCUCCACAAAGGUCAUGCAUCAGGUUGCCACUUACACUAAAGGAGAGCUGGACAUUGCUUAUAUUACAUCAAGGAUCAUAGUCAUGACGUACCCUGCAGAGUCGGUCCAGAUUGGCUACCAGAACCAUGUUGAAGACAUCCGCUCGUUCCUCGACAGUCGUCAUGCCGACCACUACACAGUUUUCAACCUUUCACAGCGAAACUACCGUGGCGCCAAAUUCUCAAACAGGGUAUCGGAGUGCAACUGGCCUUCCCGCCAAGCUCCCGGCCUUCACAAUCUGUUUGCUGUGUGCAAGAACAUGCACAACUGGCUCAAACAGAACCCAAAGAAUGUGUGUGUCAUCACCUGCUCGGAUGGCCGCGGUCCCUCCGGCGUUUUGGUCUGUGCCAUGUUCUGCUUCUGCCAUCUCUUCAGCCACCCAGUUCCUGCCAUGCAGCUGCUCAGCGCCAAGAGACCAGGCUCUGGACUCUGGCCCUCACACCACAGGUACAUAGGUUAUGUAUGUAGCAUGGUAUCAGAGAAGCCCAAUCUUCCUCACUCCAAGCCCUUGGUGAUCAAGGCCCUCACUAUGAGUCCUGUACCCUGCUUCAACAAGCAACGCAGUGGCUGUCGGCCCUUCUGUGAUGUCCUCAUCGGAGAAACAAAGAUCUUUACUACUGCGCAGGAAUACGAGAAGAUGAGAGAGCACAGGAUCCAGGAGGGGAAAGUAGUUUUCCCGCUCGGUGUGAGUGUUCAUGGAGACGUUGUGUUUUCUGUCUACCACAUGAGGUCAACAAUUGGAGGGCGUCUCCAGGCCAAGGUCUCCAACACUCAGAUCUUCCAGAUCCAGUUCCACACCGGCUUUAUCUCUCCUGGAAGCACCAUGUUGAAGUUUAACAAACCAGAGCUCGAUGCCUGUGACUCCCCUGAGAAAUAUCCUCAGCUGUUCCAUGUGAUCCUCGACAUUGAGGUAGAAGGAGUGGACAAGCAGAAAGACCUAACGCCACCAUGGGAGCAGUUUCCCUGUAAAGACCUGAGUCCUAAUGUGCUCUUCUCCUGCCAUCAGGAGCUUCAGGAUGCACUGGCUAUCGCAGAGCCAAGCCGGCAACAUGGAGAAGGUCGGGGCCACGUUGAGGAGAGUGAGCCCUCUGAUGAUGAAAUGCUGUCGCUUUCAAGCCAACGCAGCAGCAUCAGUGCCAUCUUGCAGAAACCAGAAUCUUCUGCUCCUGUGUCUGCUGCAUCGGCACCCGCUGAGGAGGUGGACCUUCUUGGACUGGGUGGGGAAGACAUCAACCGUCCAUGCCCCUCAUCUCAACCUUCAGCAGCUGCAGCCACUGACCUUCUGGGAGAUUUGUUUGGUGCUCCGCCCCAACCAGUUAGUGGGCCCUCCUCCACCCAGUCCACUCCUCACAAAGUGGUCCCCAAUACUGCCUCGCCGAGCCCUUCUCCGGCUCCACCAGUAUUUGAUCCUUUUGGAGCAGCUCCCAUGCCUAAGCCUCAGGAGAUGAUGGGCUCAUUCCUCGGACAAGGUAAUGUGGGGCAACCAGACCCUUUUGUGCAUGCUGCUCGCUCUCCAUCACCCAUCCUGCAGCCAACAAACCUUGGUAGAAGUUCCCCUGUCCCACCCGCCACACCUACCGUCAACAUUCAGCAGCAAAAUGCCAAGGGGGGAUGGGACUGGAACAGACCUGCCACCACAAGCACAGGAGGAGGUUUUGGUAUUGGCAGUCGGUCAGCAACUACAAGUCCCACAAGUUCAGUCCACAGCACCCCCACCCACCAAACUAUGCCAAGUACUCUGGAUCCAUUCGCUGACAUCGGCAACCUGUCCGGGAGCCUUGGAGGUGCUUCUGGAUUCUCCAGCAAGCCCACCACUCCAACAGGGACAACCCCAUCCUUCCCACCAAUGGGUUCCCCAUCCCGGCCGCAGCCGUCCCCCCAGCACACAGGAGGGUGGCAGCCUCACACGGGGGCCGGCUUCCCCUCCUGGCAGCCCGGCACUGGAGGUGGUGGAGGAUGGCAAGCCCAAGGACAGGGCCCAACGACCCAACCAAAGGCCAGCCCCAGCCACACCUCUAUGCCUCACACGUCACCUCAGAAUCGACCCAACUACAAUGUUAGCUUCUCGGCAAUGGGAGGAGGCUCUCCCAGUGCGGGUGGCAAACCACAGGUGAGAAUGGGUUCUAAGCCCAAAGCCCUGAAUGCUGACUUCGAUGACCUGCUGUCCGGUCAGGGAUUUGCAGGGACCAAAGACAAAAAAGGCCCCAGGACAAUAGCAGAGAUGAGGAAGGAGGAAAUGGCCAAAGAGAUGGACCCAGAGAAAAUAAAGAUUCUGGACUGGAUCGAGGGGAAGGAGCGUAACAUCCGCGCCCUGCUGUCCACCAUGCACACUGUGCUUUGGGAGGGAGAGACGCGCUGGAAACCAGUGGGUAUGGCCGACCUGGUCACGCCAGACCAGGUCAAGAAGGUUUACCGCAAGGCAGUGCUGGUCGUUCACCCCGAUAAGGUGAGGCACAUAGUUACAUAAUAAACCUUGUGUGUAUGCUUGACUUUUAAAAUUCAGUUUAAGGAAAAUUGUUUUCCUGUUAAAUUGCUUCACCACGAUGUGUAUUUUGGACCUGUGAAAAGGUUAUCCAAUUACUUUAUUAAAUUAAAUGUAUACAAUCUUUUGGUCUUUUUUAACUUAAUAAAAAUUACAAUAUGGUGUAUUUGUAUAUUUCACCAAAAAGCCUUUAUUGAACAUUUAAUGCAAAGUAGUUUUUUAUUUUCAAAACAAAACACUAAAUCUUAAACAUUCUUAUACAAACAACUAAUUUUGUAAAUAAAAAUAAACAGAAUCAUUCAUGGUGAUAUAUGUUAAAUUAGAUAAAUUAAAGUCAGUUAUUUCCAUGUGUAGCAAAACAGAAACUUAAGGGGUUUUGCUAUUAGUUUUAUUUUUCAUACAUCAUUUGUCGUUUUAUUGCAAAUGUGUUAUUUUUUAUAUUUUAUUUUAUUAAAAAGACAUACAGAAUCCCCUCUAUGAAAUCCUGCCUGUGACACCUCAACUAAAUAAUACAAGAAAAGCACUAGAACUGUAGUAACUACAUUGCUAGAGAUUUUCAUGACUAUGACCUAAAUGUAUACAAAUAAAAAUGUAUGUAUGUAGAGAAUUCACAUAUUAGGGUUAUUAUGAUGUUUGUUAAAGAUUUUAAGUGAUUCAGUUUCUCAGGAUUAUGAAAUUCUCAUCAAUAUAAACACACAUCACCACAUCACACCAUGUUUGUGCAAAAGAGAGAGGUUGCUUUGAUGCACAUCUGCAAUAAAGUGGGUUUCUUCUAACAUGACAAUGAAACAUGAAAAUUUAUUUUCUUCCUGUUUGUCUUCUGAACUACAGUACAUGCUUGCUUUUGUUUUACAGGACAGUGAUUAUUUUCUUGUGUUUUACCUUUAAUGGCACAAGAAUCUUUUCAUACAUGACACAAAGAGCGACAACACAACAAUGAAAACCACCACAACAAUUAGCACCUGAAUGACAUUAUGGCUGAGUGACUCAAAAGCUGGCUUUAAAAAGUCAAAUAAGGAGCUUCCGUCCUGGUGGACGGACUUCGCUGUUUCAUGAAGGUGGCUGACUAUUUCAUGGAUGGUGACAUUAUAAUCAGGAACGAAAGUGCAGCAUUCAGAUCCGAUGACGGCACAAGUUCCUCCCUGAGCGGCUAUAAUAAAGUCCAGAGCGGCUCUGUUUUGCAAAGCUAGGAGCCUAACAGAGGCGAGCUCAUUUGACAUGAGUGUGAGAGCCUUACCAGUUUCAUUAGCUAUCACCUCUAUAGAAUGGGACAGAUUAGCGAUCUGAUCUAAAGCAGACAUAACUCCGUAAAACGGAAGAAGUGAACCGAGUACAUUUUUAAAAGGUGACUGACGAUGUGUUCCAAGAAAAUCUGAAGUUCCACGUCUUACCCGUUUGAGAAAACCUUUCUUUGGCAGGGAGUGUGUCACCCUCAUUGCUGGGACCACAUAUCCCAACCCACAGCGUCCCUUGUAGUCCACCGGAAGAUAGGGGUAAGCGAGGGUCCCACACACCCAGUACAUCCCGACAGGAGAGGAGAUGGAGCAGGUGGCUGUGCGCUGAGCUAAAGCAUUCAGGCGAGUCUCUCCUGCUGCAUCCAGACACUGGUGAGGAACAGAAUUAAAAGAUUUCCAGUCAAUUUCCCUCCGUCCUGGGCCCCACUUAAACGUACAAAGGCAGUCCGAAUGUCCCACUGGAACAUGGCCGUCAUUCUCCAGACACCACGUGAACCGCCGAGGAAGGACAAGAAUAGGAACCGGUUUGGGGGCUUGAAGACAUCUGUUGCAGUUUCCUUGUCCUCUCAUACAAUCAAGUGGUCUCAUUUUUAAACUCGGGCAGUCAGGGUGAGAAUAAGAACUGGGCAGGUGAAUGUGCAUCAGGUGGCACAUGUCGCAGUCCGAGGCAGGCAAGACCAUGAGCGGUAAACCUUCCCCAGCUGUGUAGGGCAUCAGACCGCAGACGUAGCAGCUGGUGUUAGGACGGAAGUGGUUGGCCACUUGCCACGCCAUGGUCAGGAAAAGGUUGCUGUCAUCUCUUUUUAUUUCUGGGAACGUUAUGUGCUGCAGAGCUCCUGUGGUGGAGACCACCAGGAUCAGUAUGUGGAGCUCAAAGAAAAAAUAAAUUUUUGUUGUGGUAGUAAAAUUCCUCCUUUGGAUCUUGAAUAUUUUCAUGUAAAAGUAAUCAUCUGGGUCAAGCUGAAAAUUAGCACCACCAAUAAAAGCAGAUAAUACCUGUAAUAUAAAUAAGAAUAAAUAACAGCUAGAGACUUCUUCUCUAAGACUUAGAAUACAUUAACUUAUUUCUUAGGAAUAGGCAUAAACGGUCUUUACCUGUGGAGUCAGUCAGGAUCUCUGAUUCUGUUUCUGAAGCAACUGUUCCACCAUGCAUGCAAGGAGAAAUUGCAAUUCCUGCCCCUAUCUUAUCUGUCCAACCUUUUAACUGGACAAAAGCAGAACCAAAAGACUAAGUGUGCCCUAUGAGAAGGGGUAGUUAAGUCAGUCACAAGACCCCUGAUUGAUCACUGGAGGACAGCAGGAUAUCGGUCGUUCAAAGGGGUUAGUGGCAUAUUUCUGUUUUGCAAUAGCCUUUUAAAGCAGUUUUACAGCAAGUACCUCCUCAUAUAAUACCAUGUUUUAAUAUUGAUAGAAAAUUAGGACAGCAGCGUAACAGGACCUCUUCCUUCCUUCCUUCCUUCUCAUCCAUCCAUCCAUCCAUCCAUCCAUCCAUCCAUCCACCCAGCUUAAAGUCUGACAUCUGUAAAAUAUCUGUCAAUUUAUUGCAACCUUUUGUAUUUUAAUUAAGUUAAAAAAGGACUGGGAGCUCUGGAAAUAGGUGUAAAUAAAGAAUUUGGAAUUAAACGUGUAGGAACCCUGUAAACCAAACAACAUGAGAAAAUGAGUCUGUGUUUUUGUUAUCUUUUUAGGUAUUAACCUGUUCAAACUUUCAUAUUUAAUAUUAAAGCACAUUAUUUGUGUGCCAAAAGAACUAAGAAUUGCUUAUUUAGACUUGUGAAAAGUUCAAUAUGUCUGGUGAUAAUUUUAAUGUUCCAGUUGUGUUCCUUUGCUCCUGGUUCACAGGCAACAGGACAACCGUAUGAACAAUAUGCCAAGAUGAUUUUCAUGGAACUGAACGAUGCCUGGUCAGAAUUUGAGAGCCAAGGACAGAAGCCUCUCUACUCUUAAAACCAAGUGAAAGGAAGUGAGCAACACCAGGAUGUCCUUUCUAAUCUGUGUUCUAACCCCUAAAAAUGUCACCACCUCUGAAAUGGCUCACCAUGUAACAUCAUCUGCCUUUAUACCUCCGCUUUCACUCAAGAUGCUCCUUUUGCUCAAAACCUCUAACAUCAGCGCAGUCAAAAGACGACUAAACAGACAAAUAAUGGGUCAAUGAACACAGAUGUUUACCCUCUCUAUGUAUGUGGUGCAACAGCAACGCUCAUUGACUUGUUUUCUGACCCCAAAAUCAGCUCAAUCAAACCAAGAGAGACGUCCAGGAGAUGAAUGGAGCUGUUUGAAAACAGAAUAUCGCGGGAUAAGAGAAAAACACAUCAGGGAGCACAUUCAGCAAACAUUUCAUCGACUGCUCCUCAUCAGAGCUUUAGAGAUAUCACACUCUUACUGUAAGGCACAACAAGCAUUUAUGUUAGCUGGAAUAUGGAGUUUGCUCUUUGAUCUGUGUGAAAAUGCAUUCAGGGUUUGUUCUGUGAUAUCUAAUAUAUAUGAACGUUAAAUGAAAGAAGGCAGCAUCAGGCUACUGUAACAUUCACUGAAGAUGGGUUUGUUUUCCACUAAAAAAUGGUUGCUUAGUACAGACCGAAUCUAGUACUAAUAAAGUCAAAAUAGCAAAAACCCCCAAAAAAACAAGGAAAAAAUCUGCUGAAUCUGACACAAAGAACAGUCAUGGCCUGACGUUUUGAGACUGGCAGAUAUGUAGACCUGUACUAACUUUUCUGUUUCUAUGGUAUACUGCAGUUCAAUAAUAACCAUUUCAAGAGAUUCAAAGGCUUUCAUUGAGAAAUACAUCACAUUUAGGCAACCAAUCAAUAUGUUUUCAGUGGGAUUCAGAUCUGAUAAAUUUUCUGGACUUAGAUCCAACAUUUCAAAGUUUUUAUUCCUGAGACUAUAGUCCAUUUGCCUCAUUAUGUGGUAAGAAAGGUGUACCUACAGGAUGUAUUGAUGCCUUUCUUUAUUCAUGACAGUGUGUCAUACGUAAAUAAGUAUGUCAGAGUGAAGUAAAGGCAACUCCGCACCUGAAUGGUAUCACAAUGCUUUACUGUCAGCAUGAUGUGGGCUUCAUCUAACAGAAUCACUUCACCCAAGACCUCCAGUCUAUUCCUGGUACUUCCUGCAAAAUGUUAGUCUUUCCUUGAUAUUUGUCUCAGACAGAAGUGGUUUCUUCUCUGACCUUCUUAACACCAGGUUAGCAUUCAAAAAUGUUUGCUUCACUGUGCAUGCAAAAACUCCCAUAGAUGCCUGCUGCUAUUCCUUAGCAAACCCAGCACUGGUGGGAAGAAACCCCCUUAAUCUAAUCUGCUGUAGAAGAGGGUCCUGAAGCUUUCCUUUCAGCAAAUGAAUUUCUCUCCCUGAAGUUGUUGAUGGUUUGAUAAAUGGUUUGUGUGCAUUCUUAACACGUGAAGCUGUUUAUAUGCAAACCAAUAAUUACAUGUGUUCCUUUGUAGAUGAUGAUGACUAACAAAAUAAGUAAGAUUGAAAGCAACACUCCCUUUUUAUAGCAACCAUUGUGUUUUCUAAUUCAAUCAGAUUGACAGAGUGAUAUAAACUGUCCUUGUUAACACUUCCCUCUGAGCUAAUGAUAAAAUUAUUGAAUCUUUUUGUGGUAGAACUAAGCACUCUAAAUUAGUUUUUGUGAUUAUGUUCUUUCAUAAGAAAUAACAUUAAUGUUUGCAGUUAAUUGCAUUGAAUCUAAUACAAAGUACCAUAAACACUGUGGCAGUCAACUUAACAAAAACAAUAUUUCUGUCAGUCUCAGAAUGCGUACCUACAAAUGUAUGAUUCCAGAUGGACUUUCAUUUCUGCUUAUUACAAGAUCAGUUUGUAGGUUUAAAACUGAUUCAUAGAUUAAGUAAUUUGAAAGAAAUAACACAUUUUCUGACUCAUUAUUAAGAAAGAUUUUAUCUGGAAACUGAGAAUUGUAUAUUUUAGGACUAUAAAGCACCAGGAGGCCUCAUGCAUAUCUAGAUAAAGAAGCAUCAAUUUGCAAAUGAAAACCUCUGAGAGCACAAACAUUUUUCAAUGUACUAAAAAAAGCAGCUGAUGCACAUGUUUGGUCAACUUACAUAGCAAUAUGCCUGAAAGACAAAAAAACAUGUGUGUAUGUUAAAUGAUAGGUCAUGCAACAAUUAAUCUCAUAUUUCCUAGUUUAAUCAUAUUAGCCUUACUGUUUCAGUUCAGUCAGUCAGUCAGUCAGUCAGUCAUUUUCUACCGCUUAUUCCAUAGUGGGUCGCGGAGGGAGCUGGUGUCUAUCUCCAGCAGUCUAUGGGCGAGAGGCAGGGUACACCCUGGACAAGUCGCCAGUCCAUCGCAGGGCAAGUUUGUUUCAGUUCAGUUUGUUGUAAUUAAUUAACCAGACUGACAAAAGUAACAAAAACAAUUUAUAUGUUCACAUCAACAACACAUUAAUUUGCUUCACUGACCUGAUAAUUCCACACAGAGAAAAUCCACACCUGAACAUUGUUGCAAAAGAAAGGCAUUUGCUAAGAAACCAACCUUUAAAUAUUAUAUCUGAUGCAACUUGGUAUAUUACAGCAUAAUUGUGCUAUGCCUUUCAAACACGAAAAAUAAAAGCAAAGAUGUAUUUUUUUUUUACACAUUUUGGCUGAUUUUAUUUGUAAUUUGUUAUUAUUUUAAGAUGAAUCAACUAUUCCAAUUAUAUUUUAUCCAUAAUACCUUACAUAGCUGCAAAAUACAAAGAACUGAACCUGGUUUAAAAUUGGUUCUUCUGGCUUUUACUUGAUUUGUGUUGUUUACUUUGUUCAAAUAUGUCUUUUUUUCCAUUUGCAGUUUCAUAUCAACACUAAGGAACACAAUGCUCAACUUAAAAAAGUUGUACUUGCUGUUUAAAAUCAUUUCAUUCUAACCUAACCUGUGUGAGCUAUGUUCCAAUAAUAUCAGCUGCAAUUGUUCUUCAGUGUGCUUUUGAGCUACUUUUACUUAUGACAUAGUAUCCUUGUGUGAAAAUUGUUUAAUAUUUCUGGGAUAAUAUCCAUUAAAACUUCCCAGGGUUCCCAGGCACUCUUAAAACAAAACUCUGGAAAAGUACUGAAUUUGAUUUUGAGGACAUGUCUCUGAUGUUAGUGGCAGAAACCCCAUUAUGCUGUAUAUCUUUAGUUAUUUAGAUUGGGUAAUAUGUUAGGAAUGAAAGGUUACCACAUCAUUUGAUAAAAAUAAAAAAAAAGAGGGCUGAAUUUAAACACAACCCAAAAAAUCUGAGAAUAAAUCAUGCUGCAGGCUGGGCCAUUUUGUUGAAAUUUCAUUGCAGCCACUCAAAAUGAUGCUCAGUAGUUUGUACAGUUUUGUACAGUAUUAGUAUGCAUGCCUGACAACAUUGGAGUGUGCCCUUAGUGAGAAGAAGGCUGGUGUGUUGGGUAACCCCGUCCUAGAUAUGGAUCAAGGCAUCACUGAGAUCACUGAAGUGUGACCUGGUGGUGUCACAUGGAGACAAUGUCCCAGAGAUGUUCAACUGGAUUUAGGUCAGGUUUGUCUGGGCUCCAGGUACUGCCUACAUGCUCUUGCUACAUAAGGCGUGGCAUUGUCGCACACCAGGUGUAACCCAGGAACCAAUGCAUGGUGGUCAUGGCGCUCUUGCUGAGCUAGUAGAGGUUUCUGUACCAUCAGUGGCUUUAUCUCGCCAGACCACCACUGACCAACCAAACCAGCUGUUCCUCCUUGCAUUAAUCAUUAGAUACUGGUCCUUCCGAUGGGUUGAGGACCUCCUACGUCGCUUUCCUCUCUAGACACUAGACUGACUGGCUGUGUCCUCCAUGCUUUUGUCUCUGUGCUGGGAGACACAACAAACCUUCUGUGCCAUCCUGGAUGAGUUGGACCACAAAUGCAACUUCUGCAGGGUCCAGGUAUCACCUCAUGCUACCAGUAGUGAAGUAACACUGUUUUCACUGUUUGGAGUCCUCUAAUUCUACACAUUGGACUCCAACUGUAAAAACUAUGUCCUUGUUCCUUCUUUAGUUUACUAAAGCAGCUAAAACUGAUAAAUAACUCCCUCUGCUGCUUAACUGACAAGGUUCCAUAUAGAGCUUUUCAGUUUCUAGGUCUAGAUAAAUUUAGAAAAAAAUUACAUGUAUUUCCAUUCUGAUUCCCUAUAGAAUUUCACUCUGUGGUUUUUACAGUUUACAUUUACAGCCUGACUUUUGCAGAAAAUUUCUCCAACGAGUUCAUUGUAAAAUUCGUUUUUUUAAUUUGUAUAUUAAAAAAUGUGUUGCAAAUCUCUGGAAGAGUAUGGAUUUUGACAUGAAAAGUGUGUAGAAGCUCUUGUUUAUGUAAAACCAGCUUUAUGUUUAAAGUUUUUCCUUGGCCAACAAAACUGAUACCAUUCUUGACCCCAAUACUGUCUGGAUACUACUGAGCAGUUAGAUGAAGGUGAUACUUACUCUGUGUUUUCCGGUUAGUUUCAAAUCAUUCUAGAUUUCCACUGCAGAAUAAAAAGUGACUGCUGGGAUGGGUUUUUUCUUUAUCUAUAAAAGACAUCAAAACAGGGGUCCCUGAAAAGACAGCAGGUCUCAGACUGAAACUAAACUUGAAGCGGAUGUUUCAUGUUUUAUUUUAUCCUAAUAUACCAGAAGAAGAGAGCUGUCUCUUAUCUAUUUACAGUGAGGACCUAAAUGUGAAACGACCUUUGUUAACCCCACCACUGACUGAAACUGCAGUCUUACAACUAACCUCUGUACUGUAAACAGCUGAUGUGUGUGUUGUUUGGAGCUGUGGUAUGUAUGAGUCGGAUUUGACUACUUUAUGUCACGUGUUUGCCUGUCUGCUGUUCAAGUAUUACUUAAUUGUGUAAAUUUUCUGUUCAUGUGUUUUCUUUUUAGGUUCUGUUUACUGUUACAGGAUGUACAUAAUGAACAUGUGCAAUGCACAAUAAUAAACAGUAAACAGAG